AACAGCCAUUGCCUGACCAGCCCCCAAGAGGAGCGGACCACGGGUGUGUGGCCCAGAGUGAUUUGUGCAGCAGCGUGAAGCCGAACAGGAUUACCACUUACAGGAUGCUUCCUCUGCUGUUCGUCGUCCUGGCGCUGGCCGCGGCCCCCGGGGCCGUCCUGGCCCAGCAGGUCGAGCAGGGCGCGGCCCUUGGCUCCUCCGCCCCCGCCGCGGCCUACGGCCCUCCCCAGGCCUACUCCGCGCCCGCACCUGCCGGGCCCGAGGUGAGCGCCCUGACCCAGGACGACGCCGCCUACGUGCCCUACGCCUACAGCUACUCUGAGCCCGGCUUCAGCGUCCAGACCGGCUACGAGGGCUACCUCGUGCCGUACCAGGGCCACUCCGUGGCCGCCCCCGGCCCCCUGGGGCUGCUCGGCGCGCUCGCGCUCCCCAAGAUCGGCAUCAAGCUGUUCCCUAAGGUCGGGCUGUUCCUGCUGGGCUUCCUCUUCCUGCUGCUCAUCGGCGGCGCCUUCACCACGGCCGUGUGCGCCUUCACGCCCUUCUGCACCAUCUCCUUCCUCGGCCUGGGCCUGACCAGGAACACCAUGCGCUCCUACCUGACCCCCGACCGGCUGACCCAGACCACCGCCUUCGUCCUGGACGCCAUCGACAAGUACAAGGACUUCUCCAAGAAGGUCAGCAAGGAAGCCAGGGAGGCCCGCAGCAAGGACAGCAAGAGGAGGCGCAGGUGAAGUGAGUUUAACCGCGCUGCCACUGACUGCUGACUAGCCACACCUGCUGAGAGCAUAGAUCGAUUCUGGACUGGUAACGGAACGAAGAGCGAACACGAACCUGUGUUGAUCCGUCCUGACUUGGCAUGCUAGCAGGAGGUGUGGCGAUCCUCCCAUAGUUCGUGAUGUGGCAUGUUCCUUAGAAGCUAGUCAAAAGUUCUGGAGCAGCAGAUGUAAAAGGCUCCAGAGCUGUGUGUUCUCUCAAAGUGGAUGAGGGCAUUGAGCCGCAGCCUUUCCAUUGAACAGAGAGGGUUCAUGUUGUCGAUGUAGUUCCUGGUACAGCUUAUCGAUAGUUCAACCUUAUU